AUGUCUACCCUGGGAAACAAUAUCAGUCGGACGCUUGACGUCCUACUUCCAAAGAUACGGUCCCGCCGUCAAGAGUCGUCAGAACCUAUCGUACUUGGUAUCACAGGUCUACAAGGUUCAGGCAAAUCGACAUGGGCAUCGGAGCUUGUCAAGAUCCUGUCACAGGAUCACGGUCUCUAUACGAUAACUGUUUCGUUGGACGACUUCUACAAAACCCAUGAUGAGCUGGUAGCACAACGGGAUCGUGAUCCCAACAACAAGCUUUACCGUACUCGUGGACAGCCUGGUACACACGACGAGCAGUUAGCCCGAGAGUUUUUCAGCGAUUUGAAGAAAUACAACGGGAGAGGCAGCGUCAAGAUCCCGAGCUUCGAUAAGAGCAAGUACAAUGGUGAAGGCGACAGAGCGCCCCAAUCAGAAUGGACGACAAUCUCGCAAAAACCGGACGUUGUCGUCUUUGAAGGAUGGUGCGUGGGCUUCCAGCCCGUUCCACAGUCUUUCAUAGAAGAAAGAUAUACGCUGGCAAAAGCUGGGAAGCUCACAGUCAAUACCCCUGCGAAUCACCAACUUCCGCAUUUGUUCGAGGUGAACGAGAAUCUCGAGCGCUACUGUGAUGCAUUUAUGGGACCCAAGCAAUUUGACUUCUUCAUCCAUAUCGAUACGGACGACCUGAGAAAUGUGUAUAUAUGGCGUCUGCAGCAAGAGCAUAAGAUGAUUGAGGCGAAAGGAUCAGGGAUGUCAGACGAGCAGGUUCGUGCGUUCAUCGAUGGCUAUAUGCCGAGCUAUGAGAUAUACCUGGAGCGGCUGCGCGAGGGAUUGUUUGACGACAGAGGUAGGAUGGUGAGGGUGGUACUGAAUAGAGAAAGAGGGGUUGAAAGGAUUGAGGAGCUGUGA